AACUGGUUGGAAAACAACCACACCUCUGAAGUACUUUGUUCCUUGAAACUACCCAUAGACUUUACAGAGUAGGAACGCUUGGCACAAAGGGAUUUUUCAGUUAAAGUUUAGGGACACCAUCCAGCAGGCUCUGUCCACCCCCCUGAACCUGCAGACUUCACCCUUGAAAACACGAUUUCAGCAGACCAUGAAAACAGGAUCCCCAGAACAAUGCAAGGAGGAAUUUCUUUCAUUAGCUGAUAAAGAUGCUGUGGACCUUUGUGGAAUAGCAGAUUUUGUAGAACGCAAAUACAACUCAACAGUUCCUCUUGUGAAACCAAAGAAUUGUACUCUGAGAAUUUGUGGGCAACAUGGAACAGUCUACGCUGGGGAUGAAGAACAACUUGAAGCCUGGAAAGAUUUUUAUCUACCAGAAAGGAUGGAAAUGGAAGUGAUUGGUGCUAUUGACAACUUCCCCUGUGAUGCAUUUGGCCUGCAGUUAGUGCUCUUGUUGUGUAAGGAUGGAAAGGUCUAUGCUUAUGAGGAUGAGGUUUUACACCUCGUAGCCAUGAGCUUGAAGGACCUGUUCCAAUGUGGAAUGGUUUUCCCUGGAAAAGAGACCUUCAAGCUUGGGGAAUAUUUUGAAGAGCCGACUGAAGAAGAAUACAAUGAAAUGAUGGAAUGUGAUGACAUCAAAGCUAUGAAGGAAUCACAUCAGAAGUUCAGAGAAUCUAUGGAGUGUGAAUUGCUGAACACCAUGAACAACAUCAAACAGAGUCGCAAUGCUGAAGAAGAAUACAAUACAGUGAUGGAAUGUGAUGGCUUCAAAUCCAUCAAGAAGAACAAAGAAACACUGAGCAAUAAUGUCUACCUUAAUAUGCAAAAAAAACAAUGGCUUCAGACUUCAGUGGAUCUCACUUCAAGCACAGACCAGAAAAUUCAAGACAGUGAAUUACAGUGCAAAUGCAAUAUGAAGUAUGUAAAACCUUCUCAUGGGUACAACUGCCAAGCAAGUCAAAUCAUCAUGUCACAUUAAAUUAAUCCAGUAUGAUCACAAGCUGAUCUUUUCUAUACAUGAAAGUGAAUAAGAACUAGUUGUUACUCAAUGUAAAUUUAUGUAAAUAUAAAAAAAAAAAAAGGAAAAGAAAACUUGAAACUAAUUUUCUUUUUUCAAAUGUUGCAGUGACAAUGUCAUGUUGUCGCUUCUAAUGCUUUCCAUUCUUGUAUAAGUUCCAGUCAUAGUUUCCUUUUUAUAGAUUAAAUGAGUGCACUAGACAGAUUUUACCUCAUAAACAUACUGUAUAUGCUUUGAAAUUAUGAGCACUUGAGCAGAAACUGGCUUUGACUGGUUUAGUUUCAUGAUGGUACAUUUUAGCCUUAAUUAUCAUGACUAAUGCUUCUUUCAGUUUGCAUCGCAAUCAAAUGUGAACAGCAAAGGACACACCUUUGGUUAUCUAGGACGAGACCAGUGGUAUUUAUUAAGCUUGUAUACACAUGUUGUAUUACAACCAUAGUAGAAUGUACUGUAUUUUUAGUCUAUGAUAGGCUUAUUGUCAUGAUUAUUGGAUAUGGUUAACAAUUUGUUUUAAGGGCAUUUGGUAAUCAUGGGAAUUAAAAACAAUGUUAUAGGUGAAGAAAGAGCAUUUUAUGAUCAUUAAUGACAAUUAUUAAAAGAACAUUAUUUAAAA